AUUGAUUCCCUGUCUGUCUUAUUAACGUCCCAACGCUGACCUUGAAGUUGCAUAGACGCUAGUGAUAAUGAAAGUGCUAGCGGUUGUGUGCGGUAAGGCCUCUUAUACUCCACAGCCGCCCGAGUCCCCCAGAAGAUAGGUCCUUGGUCGUGCUUCCCCAUCUUCAUCAUGUUUCGCGUCUCUUUUCCUGUCACCAUUCUCCUCGCCUUUGUUAUCUUUCAAGAAGUAAAAGCAGCUUGCUACUUUCGCAACGGCACUGCAACGACAGCCGACUUUUCGCCAUGCAGCAAUGAUACCUCGAAUGCAUUGUCCACUGUGUGUUGUGCGACAUGGGAUACUUGCUUGCCAAACGGACUAUGUCAGUCAUAUGACAAGGUCAUCUGGCGCGAGUCGUGUACCAAAAAGAACUGGGACGAAGGAGGGUGUCAGGAAAUGUGCUCUAACGAGCGCGAGGCCCAGAGAAACAGUAACGUCAAAGUAACGUCCUGCGACGGAAAGGGCAAUGUUACGUCCACGACGUGGUGCUGCGGUAGUAGUGACGCUUGUUGCACCGCCGGAAGCGGUAUAUCGGUAUAUACACUCGCAAGCCGAUUCGGAGACCCUAUUCCUACUCCAGUUCCUUCGUCAUCCACGUCUGUCGCUUCAUCUUCCGCAGCGGUAUCGACCUCGCCGCCUGCGGCUUCCAGCUCGGCGCCUACUACACCCAACGGCGGCCUAACCAAGGGGGCAAAGGCAGGAAUCGGAGCUGGCGUCGCACUGGGAGUCAUCGCCUUGAUUGCGUUGGGUAUUUUCAUCUACAAGGCGAUGCAGUGGCGGAAGCAGGCACAGGCAGCAGCACCACCGUAUAGUUAUGCUAGGGAGCUCGACUCUGGACCAGUUGAGGUGUAUCGGUAUCAAGAGGGGGCGAAACCGGCGCAGUUGUCUGGCAUAGAAAGCGCAGUGCACGAGAUGCCUAGUUCCAAGGAUAUGCAAGAGGUAUAUGUGGCGCCUUCGAGCCCGGAUACGGCGCCCGUGCAGACUCCUGUGCACCGCUAAGGGACUUGAAAUAGGGCAGAUUUGUGAGGAUAUGAUGAUAUCAAAGGCUUGGAUAUGUUAGCAAGUUGCAAUUGAAUAAUCAACAUGUAUAUUGUCGAGAGAGAUAUUGUGCGGGCUGGGGUGUACGAGAUCUACAACCAAUGGAGGCCGAUCGCAUCUCCACAUCGUCAUCUUACACCCAUCAUCCAUCAUACAUGCAAAGAGACCUUGACAACACCUAGUGAGGCG